AUGGAAGCCGAGGAACCCGAAAGCGAGCCCAGAGAGACACAGGACACACGCCGUGCGUGUGACCAAUGUCGAUUGCGAAAGAUCCGCUGCGAUAAACGCACACCAUGCGCAAAUUGUCGUACUUCCAGGACCGUCUGUCGCUCUACGGGAGCAGGACAGAAGCCCCCGGAGCCGCGGCGGAGGGUUUUGAUUUCUAGUCAAUAUGAGCAGAAGAUCGACCUAAUCGAGGAGCGCCUUGGAAGCAUCGAGGAAUCCCUCCGUGACUUGAAGUCGACCAUAAAAUCCACCAGGACAGCUGCCCCUGUUCCUACUGCUGCUACUGCUAUCCCAAAUGUUGAACCACUAUACAACCCCUCAACCACACACACAUCCCGACAAAUACACAUAACCCCCACAACCCCAGUCUACCCCUCCCGCACAACCACCGCAGCAGCGUUGGACCAGCACGAAUCCAGUCCCUUCGAAGGCAACUCCUCAAUGGCCGCGCACUCCGCCUACGCGAGCGAGUUCCUCGAGACAGCAGUCUCGCAGAGCGCGCUGCAAGUAUCCAGCCCACGGAUUGGGGCGGCGCUGUCGACGCUGAAGCAGAUUGUGAGUAUGCAGGAUCAUCAGGCGCAUCCGUCGAGUUCGCGGGAGGUGCGGUUACCGAAUCAGACGGCGAUUCGGGGGACGGGGUUGCGGGAUUUGGCUAUGCCGCCGAUGGAGUUGGUUUUGAGGUUGUGUCGGUGGGUUAAGGAGAGUCCACCGGCAAUGUUCGAGGGAUAUUUUCCGUUUAUCUCCGUUGAUAAGUUUGUCCAGAAGUGUCGCGAGGUAUACUUUGCCAUCGACGAGUACUCAGACGCCACCUUCAUCGUAGUCAACGGAGGUCUAUACAACGUCUUCGUCGAAUGGAGCUUCAUGGCCAAAGACCACGAGACAAGAGAAGAAUGCCAGAAAUACCUCGGUCUCUGCCGUAACAACCUCGAAACAGCCCUGAUCAACCUGAACCUCCUAAUGCCCGCCCGCGCAGAGUCCAUCGAAGCUCUUGCUCUAGGAGCCAUCCACGCAAUCGAAAUCUCCAAACCCUCCUUCGCCUGGACUCUAACAUCAACCGCAGCCCGCCUCUGUCAAACCCUCGGCUACCACCGCGCCUCCUCAAUGGAACACGACACCCCAUCUACCCAACAAGACAAAAUUGGCCUCUUUUGGUCGAUCUACUGUCUCGACAAAGCGCUUUCCCUGCGUCUGGGACGCUCCUCGUCAAUCCAGGACUAUGAUAUCUCGCUCCCCAUGAACUUUGAGGCAUCCAACAUCGUACAGCCGUGGAAGACUAUUCAUAAACUAUGGAUUCGGCUCGCGAGGAUUCAGGGUAAGGUUUAUGAGUACCUGUAUAGUCCGGCUGCGCUAUCGCAGCCUGAAGAAGACCGUGUCGCGCAUGCGAAACACUUAGCAGAGGAAAUGCAAUGCACUGUCAUGGAUCCAUUCAAGAAACUCACAACCGAACACGAACACACCCUCAGCAAACUUCAAGACUACUACCUCAAAUCCGACCGCGUCAGCCGCUUCUCCGUCCUCACCCUAAUCUACCGCGCAAUCCCGCCCUCCCCCGAUUCCCCCAGCGCCUUCACACACGACUGCAUCGAGACAGCUCGUGCAGCGCUCCAAGCACACCAGGACUGCAUGACGAGUAUCAAGGGGAGCAAUGAGAUUUUGAAAUGCAGUUACAUGCACUGGACGAUUUUCUACGCGCCGUUUAUUCCGUUUAUCGUGCUUAUUUGUCAUAUUCUUGAGGUUCCCAUCGCCAAUGCUCCAACUCCAACUCCAACUCCAACUCCACCUGCUAGCAGGUCGCCUACCGGUGACAACGACAGCGACAACGACAACAGUGGAGGGGUGACAGACCUCUCCCGCCUAACAGACUUCGUCCUGUCCCUGCGCCCGCUAACCGCGCACUCCGAGACCAUCGCCAAUCUGCACCGGUUAUGUCAGGUGCUGUGUUCCGUGGCGAAGUUGUACGUUGAGGCCAAGGUGCAGGCUGCGAGGGGGCAGAGUAGUAGUAGUGGUGGGGAUGAGGUGCUGGCGAGUGUGGGGCAGGAGUUUGAUGUGUAUUUGAGUGCGUUGGGGUUGGCGCCGCCGGGAGUUGGCGUUGGUUUUGGGGAUGGUGUUGAUAGUGGUGGUGGUGCAGGUGCAGAUGGGAGUGGUGGGAUGUCGGAUGUGAUGAUGGAUGGAGGAGUGUCGCAGACGACGCAGUUAGGAAAUUGGUUCUCCGGGAAUCAGUAUAUGAUGGGGUUGUUGGAGGAGGAUCUUUCGUUGAUUGAUUUUUCGGGCUGGCCGUGA